AUGGCAUGCCGGACAAUCGUAAAACCACUACUGUCCGGAUUAGUGCACAACUGGCUGCUGCCACCGCCACCGCCACCGCAGCCAGCUCAGAGAGGCAGUGCUUGUGUCAAAAUCACUCGUCUGUCGGUGCCACGAACGUACAUUCUCGAUAAUUACCAUCGCCGGCAGCAGCAGCAACUGCAGCACCACGGUGGUGGUGGUGGUGGAGGCGGUGGUCCAGGCAGAGCCAUCUAUCGGUACGAUGCGGACACCGGUACGGAUGAGUUGUUGCCAUCGCCACCGCGCGACCCGGACUCGGAGCGGCAGCGACAGCAUCACAACGAGCAUCUGAUUCUGGACUGCGAGUACGAGAUUGAUUUGCACGAGCGGGGCUUCGUGCUCAAAUGGUACUUUAACGGAAAGCUAAUCUACCAGUGGAUUCCCCCGCGCCGGCUGCCGCUCGGAUUCACCGCAAUGAAGCACCAGGUCAACCGCAGCUACACGGUCAGUAACGAGGAGAUGCACAAACAUCGGGCUCUGGCACUGAUAAGACCGCUGAAGAACUUCACCGGCGAGUACACCUGCGCCGUGUCCACGUUCCAAUCGGAGGAUGCCCGGUCCGCUCUGAUGCUGGUCGUCGUUCCAGAAACUGGUUUCGUGCUAAAAUACUACAGCAGCAACAUCAGCAAUCUGGUUACGGUGCUGUGCAGUGUGUAUGGUAUUUUCCCAGGUCCGGUGCUGUCCCUGUGGAUCAACGAACACCAGCUGGAAAAUGUAACAAACAAUGUUUUGUUGACUCAAGCCGAUUUGUUUGACAGUUCGAUCAGCAUUCAACUGGUGCUGUACGAAAGCAUUCAACCGGACGACGUACUGAAGUGUGUGCUGGGCAUCAAUGGAACCGAGUAUCGCAAAACUAAAGAAACUGUAUUCAUAGAUGUAAAUAGUAAACACGCAGUCGAGCACAACUCCGUGCUGGAUCCCGUAGUCAGCAGCACAUUCGAAACGAUUAGUAGCAGCACCUCCAGCAAAACACUUUCAACAUCAACAACCGGCGCGGUGACACCGAGCUACGGCGACACGACGUCGGCUAGCGUCACCACUAGGUUGCAACUGAGCGAGCUGGAGGAACUUCCUCCUCCAGUUCCAUCAACUUCAACUAAUCAACCGGAUAGCCACGCCGGACGAACGCAUCAUUUGGGAACCGCUCAGCAGCCGACCGUUGUUCGGCUUAGGCCGAACUCGGCCCGGGUUCUAACGGUGCAACAUGCCAAUCCGAACAUUGCUUCCUCGUCGGACGAGGUGACCAACGUACUGGACUUUAAGGAGGUUCCCUUCAAUGAGAAUCUGCUGUACAGCAGCGGCGGAAGUGCGCUUGGUGAUGCUGGCGGUUGCUGCUGCGGUUGGAUGCUGCUGCUGUUGCUGUUGCGAAUCCUGGCGCCCUCCACUUGUGCCGUCGUGCGGAAUCUGCUUCGAAACGACGGCGAUGGUGCCAGUCGGUUGUAA